UGAAGAUCCGUGCUAAACCUAAGUAACUACACCCACUGCGCAUUAUACAGAUCACCGAACCACGUAUAUAAGUAUGUCGUGUUACGCAACGACGCACAUAAAGCGUGGACUUCGAACGUGUUUUGGUGUAACCGAGCAAACAAAGUGCAAUUCUGUAAAAGUAAAACCAAUUAUUUCAACUCUCGCAGACGCAGUUUGUUUUUUUUUUUGUUGUGCGGCGAGGAGAUACCAAGUUAUUAAACCAGAAACGGAAGAAGGCAACAGCAAUCGGGAUUUGUGACCGCAAAUCCUCACAACUUCUCCCGCGGAUCACCAUCACGAAGUGGAAAAUAAUAACCCGGAAAACUUCGCACCACACCGCUUACCACCGAGCUGCACAUCACUUCCACGUCAACAUGGGGAUUUUAUUGAGACCGCCGGCGGGUGGUCGUGUGGUCCUCCAACCGUGGUCGCUGCUGUUGUACAACUACUUCCUUUUGCAGCUACACGGGAGUUGUAUCUCCCUCUGCAAUGCGCAACUCCGGAUUUUUUCGCACCGGUCUGCCCACAACCCGAUGGUGCUGGCUCGGGGAAAGGAAAAUCAGAGGGACGUGAGACGAAGUUCUUUAGGAAAUAAAUCUGACGGAAGUAACAAAGCCGCGAGUUAUCGGCGUGGGAAUGAGGAGGAUUUUUUGAAGCCGAUGGGAAAAAGAACGACGGCGGAGGGGAUUGUUGGAGAGGAACAGCAAAAAACUUCUUUCACCGAAUUAUCAGGUAAAACGGCGCAGGACAGCACCACAAAAAGGGGAGUUAGUGGAGACUUUUUGGUUGAUGGGGAAACCAAGUACGGCGGCAACAACUACCUCGAAGGAACAGCUGCACCAGGACGAGGAGCAAAUAGUAAACCGCAACCGAUGAUGUUGAACCAACUCCAAGAAGACCGGCAGUUCUCGUCCCUACGGUCCGACUCAAGUGGUGCGCACGACAGUACCACUUCCAACCAUGAGAGCAGCAGCAUCGGAAAAAUGACGCCGUGGUCUGCACCGGCGUCGUUUUUGUCGAAGAAGCCGGGGAACAAAGACGAGUUCACAAUGUUUACUUCUUCUUCCACGUCCCCGGACGACGGGGGCGGAAACUUCUUUGGCGGUUCAACUACAGCUGGAACAACGGCGUUACAAAUAACGGGGUUUUCUUAUCCUGAGUAAAAACGUACCCACACCAGAGUCAAGAUGGGGACUUUGCAACACAAACCUAGGAGUUUUGGGAGUCACGCAUGACAAGUUUCAGUCCGUAAGGUAGUGCAAGUUAGCAAGGAAAGCCGCAUCACAAAUCGACCUGCUGAUCCUGUUCACAGCAUCACAAAUUCCAAAACACGAUUGGAAAUGGCUCUCAUGGGGAUGCGCGUCACAAGUCUUCCUGUCUUUGCAAAUCUGCAUUACAACUCUGGUGUUGGUACGUUUUUACUCAGGAUAUUUCUGCAGCAGGUUUCGAUCAAAACCACGUGGAUGAGAAUGCUGUUGUUUAUGGAUUGCAAAUAUGUCUGGGUCUGGAAGCUUGUAAUGCUGAAAGUGGAUGAUAGACGCACUGCAAUACGUAGCUAUGCGUGACAAAUCUUUUGGCUUCCAUGUCUUACGUAUUCCGCAUGGCAAGCUGCGUUUUUGCGUGACAGGUAAAAGGGCCUUCUCGUGCCUAUGCAACACAGAUUCUCGAGUCAUGCGAGAUAAGCAUGACAAACUUGCAUUCUUCCAGACCCAGACAUAUUUGCAAUCGAUAUUGUUGAAAAGGAAACUACACAGGUGGUGGAUCCGGGUACUAUUGCUACUUCUUCGUCUCGAAGUACCGGUGGUGGACCAGCCGGAGUUGUCCACUACUUCAACGGGCGGGGAGAACGUGUGGACAUGGACAAUUUUGCUGAAACAUCUUCAAGUGGAUCCUCUUCUGCCGCAACUGCAACAAGAAGCGACGACAUGAUUACUACUUCUGAUCAACUACAAGACGAACAUGGUUUCUCGCUACAGCAAUCAUUCGCAACCUUAUCCUGAGUAAAAACGUACCCACACCAGAGUCAGGAUCGGGAUUUUGCAACACAAACCUAGGAGUUUUGUGAGUCACGCAUGACAAGUUGCACUCUGCAGUGUAGUGCAGGUUAGCAAGUAAAUCCGCAUCACAGACUCAUCUGCUCAUCCUGUUCACAGCAUCACAAAUUCCAAAACACGACUGGAAAUGGCUCUCAUGGGGAUGCGCAUUACAAGUCUUCCUGUCUUUGCAAAUCUGCAUUACAACUCUGGUGUGGGUACGUUUAUACUCAGGAGAAACCUCGGCGUUCGCUUUCGCGAAUUCGCGUUCGUCCUUCCUCUAUGGAUUGCAAAUAUGUCUAGGUCUGGAAACUUGUGAUGCUGGUUGGCAAAUCCUGAGGACGCCACAAGUGACGGCUCAGCAUGACAAGUUCUUGACUUUCUAGAUUUUUCAUGAUAUUCUGCAUGACAAACCGCGUUUUGGCAUGACAGAAAAUUGGGGCUUUUGGGUAACGAGCAUGACAGACUUUGGGGUCAUGCUAGCAGAGCAUGACAAGUCCUUCCAUUCUUCCAGACCCAGACACUUUUGCAGUCCAUAUCCUCGAGCUCGGUGUUAAAGAGAAGCAACACGGCGUGCCCUGCGCCUUUUGCUACUUUGACAGUUCCUGCGUCCCCAAGUUGGAUUCCAAGUGUAGCCGGGCCGAGUGCGCGGAGUUCCACGAGGAUGAGGUGCGGUGCAAGCUGGCGACCCCGAGCUCCUUGGCGCAUAACAUGUUUGGCGGAAUGAUGGGGGCGGAAUCGAAGUGCUGUCGGUAUUGCUUGAUAAAUCUGCUUCAAUUUGUCAGGCAUAAAAGGAAAACAGCUGCAGGAACACAUUUUGCUAUAUCGUGAUUUGCAUGAGAAACUAGGACGCUGCCAAAAAUGCGUACUUCUCCAUUCCAAAAAAAAAACCACGAAAUAAAGGUUUCUCCACCCGGGCGAGAACGAAUUCGAAGAUGGCUGCUACGGUCCCGGUGGCAAGUGCAUUCCCCGGUACACGACUGGACUGUCGAAGACGUCGAUGCGCGACCUCUGCUCGCUGGAAGAGUGCGGGCAGUACGACGGGAAACCGAUUGAUUGCAGCGAACACAAACCGGAAGGGAAAUUGUCCUACCUUGCGAACAAGGCGUACGCCGCCGUGGCGGGGUCGAAAGCGUGCUGCCGGUACAUGUCCCCGAGCGACGUGAAGAAAUUGUUGGAGGAAGACGAAGUGCUGUUCACGGAGGAAUCCGCAAAGAAAUCAACCUCCAAGUGAAGAGAACAGUUCGCGUACGACGAAGAUUUUGAUGUUCAGCAUCCGGAGGUUUUAUUAAUCAGGAGUUGUGGCGUACCGCUGCUGUCGGGAGAACCAGUGGUGGAGUUCGUUGGUGGUGGAAGUUGUGUGGGGGAUAGAUAUAAAAUGGUGUCGAUUUUUUUUUGUUUCAGUGUAAACGUACUUCUUGCUACCUUCACGAUCUGCCGGCGUAGUCGUGAUCCUGUUGAGUAAUUGUUUGAUUUCACUGUUUUCCAUUUUUGUUUAUACCAUUGACAUGACGAUGACCGGCGCAUUUAGAGCCGUGUUCAGCUUUGAAAGAGAAAGUAAGCCUGUAGUUUAUUUCGAUUGAUGUUUCAAUAGUUCGGUUGCUCCUUUACACGAACUUCUCAGAACUCUGUACAAUGUUGUUGAUCUUCGUGCACCAGCUGCACCCAUGGAAAGAUAAAAUGUACUCUACAUUUUGAAGGAUGAAAUAACAAGAAGCCAGUUUGAAGGAUGAGAACAAACUUGAGAUUGGAAAGGUGAGAUCCACUUGCGACAGCACUGUACAGUAGGAUUUUGCUCUCGAUGGAGCAGGAAGUCGGAGGAAGAAUAAGACGUUUGAAUUUAUAUCUCGCUGAUUUUAUUAUUAUUGGGCGUGAAAGAU